CUGCGUUAUCAAUUAUUUAUUUAAAUUAGCUGUUCAUCAGUUCAUUUAUAUUUCGGCAUGCGCAGUCAUCAGCAGUAAGCAUCAAUAUGCGAUUGAAGGUGGUGCUUUUUCUAUGCUUCUAUUGUAGUUUGGAAUGCGUCGACUCGCAAAGCGCCAAGACUACUCUAACAUUGAAUUGUGUACCACCGCAACAAGCAGGAGUAUGCAAACUACGUUCCAUCAAGGUGCUAGAAAAAGAUGUCAUCGACAAUUCUACCCGUAGCACACCCGAAAAGACAAUCGUUUUCGAGCAAUCCCAGUUGGAAUACAUUCCGCAGGUUGUGUUCAACAGAUUUCCGCAGAUGGAAUCGUUCAAGUCUGUCGGAGUAGGAUUGAAAAAACUUUCCGUUGAUGCCUUUGCCAAAUCGCCCAAAUUGAAGGAAGUGGACGUAUCUGCCAAUUCGGUUGGUAUACUAUCGCCGGAUGUAUUCGGGGCUUGUCAAAACUUAGAAGUUGUCAACAUGGCCCGGAACCGAUUGCAUCUCUUUAACGGCAUUGAGCUUAUUGGAUGCAACAAGCUACGCCAGCUGAAUGUGUCAUCGAAUCAAAUAAUCUACAUCAAUUGGGAUCCCUUGAACGAUUUACGUCACUUGCAGCUAAUCGACGUCAGCAAUAAUUUGAUAUCGUCGGUAAUAAUUCCGAAGUAUGCAAAGAGAAUUUUUGCUCGCAACAAUCACAUCCACAAACUCACAGUCGAUCCGAAUUCCAUCAUAUUCCUGCUGGAAUAUUUGGACGCUUCGAGAAACCGGUUGAGCAACAUUGACGUGCUGGCUCGUUUCGGCAAGAUGACCUACAUCGAUCUCUCAUUCAAUCGACUGCUGAGUGUGGAUUUCGCGUUGUUUAAAAACAUGCCUUCCCUCGUGGAGCUUAAUCUGGCCCACAAUAACAUAUUUGCAGUAACGUCAUCUGAUAUGAAGCUCAUUGCACUCGGGUCGGUUGAUCUGUCGAACAACGAAUUAACUCGCUUAUCAGCGACAGACAGCCGCGGGUUCUCGCAAGCACAGAAGUUGCUGCUGAACAAUAAUUAUCUGGUGAAGCUGGAAGUUUCGAGCUUUCUUAGACUGCAAUCAAUUUCCUUGGAAGGAAAUGAUUGGGCCUGUUCGGAUAUGGAGGCAAUGUUAGCCCAGCUCAAUAUAAAGAAAGUCACAGUGAAGUCCACCGAUACUGCUUGCGGGUCGUAUCAAAUCAAGAAAAAGGGUUUAUGUUGCCGCGACCUGGGAACUUCCUUCGACGAGCUUGUUCUGUUGGAAUCGCAAAAACUUUCAGAAAUUCAACGUGCGGGUAAAGGCGUAGUAGAAGUAAAGUCGACGCUGAAACCAUCGAUGACCGCGGCACAAAAGCCAGCAGUUUCUGCGGUGGCGAAGCAAGACACAACUUCUCGAUACUCCGAAGAAAUUCACAGCCUCUCAUCCUCGUUACGCGAAAGCAUGAGCCGUUUAGCCGUGGUGGAGGCCGAGCUCAAAACCACAAACAAUGAAAAAAAUAACUUGAAAAGCUCACUGGAACGAGCUCAGAGCGAGGUGAAAAAAUUGAACGAGCUUCUCGUGCGCUGCAAAUCAACCGUAAAUCAACGUACCGGACAGACUGUAUUGAUUGAUUGAUUGAGCGCUUUGAAAAUGUGGAUUGUCUUUUUUAAUAGAGUCGAAUUAAUUUUCAAAUUGAUUUCAAAAGGAAGCUAAGAUGGAAAUAAAUCUAUGUU